AUGGCAAGCGAAGAAGCACCUAAAGAUUCGUCCGUCCCCGAUGCUGAAGUUUUCCAACUUGAAGCACUUUCCUUAAAUUACCUACGAAGCCAAAAUAUUUCAGCAAUUACGGCUUUCACAGUAUUGUGUUGUGGACACCUACUCCAUCGAAUCUGUCUUGAAACCUAUAUUAUGCAAGGAGGAGUACGAAGACCUUCAUGCCCAAUCUGUAAUUGGGAUAUCGAAAUUAAUAGAGAGGAACUUGGGCUUGCUUCUGGUGAAUGUUUUCUGGCACCUAAAAGUUACGAUAAGGGGCAGGCUUCCCAACAGUCUAACGUAACCAUAGAGGAUGAUGAAGGCAAUUUAGAGUUAAUGCAAAAAAUGGGGUUGAUAGAAGAGGACUCCGUUCCAGUUGACAAUGAAAAAGGUACAACGAACUUGGUGCAGGUUAAUUUAACCGAUCAAGAUAAUGCAAACGAGAUCACAGAUUCUACUACAUCACUUCUCAAACGUCCCAACCCACUGGCUUCCGAUAAUUUGCAGUCUACUAAAAAA